CAAUACCAGCCUCCACAAAAACAUAACUACGGACCGCGUACUCUACUACUCCCUGUUGCGGGCACUCAUAAACCCUGAGAUAUGUUAAGCUUGUCUGCUGCUCCCACCACAGCCGCCCCCGCCGCUAAGCUUUCUCGUGUCCCCUCCGCUGCACUUCACCAAAAAACUACUUCCGCUGCUUUUUUCUCCCAAAAGGUUCAGCUGAACUCGCUGCGAUCGAGCUGCAGUGCAAUCAAAUCCAUGGCUGAUUCUCAAACUAUUUCAGUACCGAAGAACGAGCAACAAUCCCCUGCUUCUGGCAAGAAGCAAGCACUGAUAUCUUUAUCAGACAAAAAGGACCUGGCUUUUCUCGGUACUGGGUUAGAACAAUUAGGGUACACGAUAGUUUCAACAGGAGGAACAGCAUCUGCUUUGGAAGGUGCUGGAGUUUCUGUCACUAAAGUAGAACAGCUUACCCUUUUCCCCGAAAUGCUUGACGGUCGUGUGAAAACUUUACACCCCCACAUACAUGGUGGUAUUCUUGCUAGAAGGGACCAAAAACAUCAUAUGGAAGCUCUCAGUGAACAUGGAAUUGGUAGCUUUGACGUGGUGGUGGUGAACUUGUACCCCUUUUAUGAUAAAGUUACUUCAACUGGAGGAAUUGAGUUUGAGGAUGGAAUUGAGAACAUUGAUAUUGGUGGCCCUGCCAUGAUCAGAGCUGCUGCAAAGAACCAUAAGGAUGUCUUAAUUGUUGUUGAUAAUGAAGACUACCCUGGACUUCUGGAAUUUCUUAAAGGAGAUCGGGAUGACCAACAGUUCCGAAGAAAGCUUGCUUGGAAGGCUUUUCAACAUUGUGCUUCCUAUGAUUCUGCAGUUUCAGAAUGGCUAUGGAAACAAACUAUGGGAGAUAAAUUCCCUCCCAGCUUCACAGUACCUCUUGAGCUUAAGAGUUCGCUUCGUUAUGGUGAAAAUCCUCAUCAAAAUGCUGCAUUUUACGUUGACAAGAGUAUUUCUGAAGUAAACGCUGGUGGUAUUGCAACAGCUAUCCAACAUCAUGGGAAGGAGAUGUCAUAUAACAACUACUUGGAUGCUGAUGCAGCUUGGAAUUGUGUGUCAGAGUUUCAGAACCCUACAUGUGUAAUUGUAAAACAUACAAAUCCCUGUGGGGUAGCUUCUCGGGGUGAUAUUCUUGAAGCUUAUAGGUUGGCUGUGAAAGGAGAUCCAGUGAGUGCAUUUGGUGGUAUUGUAGCCUUUAACAUAGAAGUUGAUGAGGCCCUUGCUAAGGAGAUUAGGGAGUUCAGAAGCCCAACAGAUGGUGAAACCCGGAUGUUUUAUGAGAUUGUUGUUGCUCCCAAAUAUACAAAGAAGGGACUCGAGAUCCUCCGUGGCAAAUCGAAGACACUGAGGAUCCUGGAGGCAAAAAGUAAUGAGAAAGGAAAGCUUUCACUAAGACAAGUCGGUGGUGGAUGGUUAGCUCAGGAUUCAGAUGAUCUUACCCCCCAAGACAUCCAAUUUAAUGUUGUGUCUGACAAGUCUCCAGCAGAAAGUGAGCUUCAUGAUGCAGAGUUUGCAUGGCUGUGCGCGAAGCAUGUUAAGAGCAAUGCCAUUGUAAUUGCAAAGAAUAACUGUAUGCUAGGCAUGGGAAGCGGGCAGCCAAACCGUUUAGAAAGCUUGAGAAUAUCCAUGAGGAAAGCAGGAGAUGAGGUCAAGGGAGCUGCUUUGGCCAGCGACGCAUUCUUUCCUUUUGCUUGGAACGAUGCAGUGGAGGAGGCAUGUGAAGCUGGCAUUGGUGUUAUUGCAGAGCCUGGUGGUAGCAUCAGGGAUAAGGACGCGAUAGAAUGCUGCAACAAGUAUGGAGUUUCACUGCUUUUCACCAAUGUGAGGCACUUUAGGCACUGAUGAGUUACUUUAAGCAUUUCUCUCGUCUUUUUUGGUCAACACUGUGUUUCAAGCCCGGUACCGUAGUUUCAAUGUUUUAGCGUAUCUUCUGUUGUUGAGAGUUCUUGCAGUUUGUCGGCAGAAUGUACAAGCAGGCCAACGUAUUUUUGAGAUUUUACAAAUUAAUAAAAUACUAGUAUCGCUUUUAUGCUCAAGAAA